CUCCCUGAAAUUUCUUUUUAGUGGGGGGCGCUACGCACUGUACCCUGAGUUCAUUAUAAAGAAGGGUCCAUGUCCAAAAUCAAAACCCAAAGAAAGCUAGUACAGCCAUGAACGUUCAAACCACCUUCUUCUACCUUAUUCUUCCUCUCUUUCUCUUCCUUCUUCUAUGGAAUAAGAAGCAAAACAACAGACAAAAUCUCCGCCUUCCUCCGGGCCCCAUGAAGCUCCCCAUUAUAGGAAACCUGCACCAGCUGAGAGACCUACCUCAUCGUUCUCUCUCCAAACUCGCCAAGGUUCAUGGCCCACUCAUGUACAUCAAAUUCGGUAGCGUACCAGCCUUAGCAGUAUCAUCAGCCGACAUGGCGAGAGAGAUCAUAAAAAACUACGAUCUAUCAUUCACUGGCCGCCCUUGCGGACUUGCAUCCCGAAAGCUCUCCUACGGAUGCCUUGACCUGGUUUUCUCCAGCUACGGCGACUGUGCGAAAGGUGUGCGUCCAAGAACUACUAAGUGUCAGUAGAGUACAAUCGUUCCGAUCCAUUAGAGCCAAGGAGAUGAGCCACAUGAUCGAAGUGAUCAGACGGUCUUCUUCUCUGGGACCCAUCAAUAUGAGUGAGGUGCUGCUCUCCCUCACAAAUAGCAUUAUUUGCACGGCUGCCUUUGGUUCUAAGUAUGGUGGAUCUGGAGACGGAAACACUAGGUUUCAGGGUAUAUUGGGGGAAUCGCAUGAGAUAAUUAUCGGAUUUGGCAUAGCCGAUUUCUUCCCGUCACUUGAAUGGAUCAAUCGAGUUACUGGAUUCGAAGAUAAGCUCGAUAAGGUCUUCCAUGCCUUGGAUUCUUUCUUCGAAGAUGUUAUCGAAGAACACCUCAAUCCGGGAAGGCCUAAGCCCGAGCACGAAGACUUCAUUGACGUCAUGCUUCGUGUUCAGAAGGACGUUAGCCAGGCGAUCUCUCUUACCAGAGAUCAUAUUAAGGCAGUUAUCAUGGACAUGUUUCUUGCUGGAACCGAUACCACUUUCGCUACACUUGUAUGGGCCAUGACAGAACUCAUUAGGAACCCUAGAGUGAUGAAGAAAGCCCGGGAAGAAGUUUGGAGGAUUGUAGGAGAGAAGAAGACCGUAGAAGACGAGGAUCUCCAUCAACUAAACUACUUGAAACUAGUAUUGAAGGAAGUCCUAAGGCUUCACCCGCCAGUUCCAUUACUAGUGCCACGCGAAUGCAAUGAAAAAUGCAAUAUCAACGGCUACGAUGUCCCUCUGAAGACUAGGCUCUUCGUGAAUGUGUGGGCCAUCAUGAGGGACCCACAAUUCUGGGAGAACCCAGAUGAAUUCUGGCCAGAGCGGUUCACGGAUCAGCAGUUUGACUUCACAGGACAGAAUUUCCAGUACAUACCAUUCGGCUCAGGCCGGCGGCGUUGUCCGGGGAGUUUCUUUGGCAUGGCGACCGUUGAGCUGGCACUGGCGAGUCUGUUGCACUCUUUUGAAUGGGAAUUACCGGCUGGGAUGAGGAAGGAGGAUGUGGACAUGAGUGAAGCACUUGGGCUUGCCCUGCAUAAGAAAGUCGCUCUACGGCUUGUUGCUAGCCCUAGAGUAUGGAGAAAAACUUAGAUACUCUGGUAGCGUCGGAUGAUGAUAUGCAGGCAGUUAGCAAUAAGUAAGAAAUUGCAUGCUGUGGCGUACAGGAGAUUUAAGUUAAACUGUCAAAAUUAUGGAUCCUGGUCUAGAUGGAUCGUGAACUGAAAAUCAUGCUUAUUUAAUUAGCUGACUAUCAGAUUGGUGGACAUUUAUUAGAUGGCUAAAAAAUGAGAAAUAUCCAAUGGUCCAAUUUCUACAAACAAUCUGAAUUUGGGGAUUUGAAUUAGCACCAGUCAGUUCUACAAUUGGUCAGUUUAAUUUAAAAUUAAUGUUAGCCAUGUAUACAAUUUCUAAUGGUCUGCGUAUCAAACGUUAUAUGCUACCAGAGUAUCAAAUUUCUCUCCUAGAGUA